CUAAUUCCUUGUUUUUGGAAAAAGAUCUAUAUUUAUGAAACAGUUAUGGGCAUGUACGUGUGCCUUGUAUUUUGCUUUCUAUGUGUUGAUACAUUUAUUGGAAUAAAAUUCGGUGAUCAGGGAGUUUGUCAAGGUUCGGUUACAAAGUUAAAGUGCUGCACAGACUACAUUUAUCAUCCUCAAAGUGAUGAUUGCAGACCAUGCAUAGGUACAUUUGGUGACAACUGUGAUGGUGGACCUUGUCUGGAUGGAUAUUACGGACAUGGUUGUAGGGGUGUAUGUAACUGUACGAAACAACAAGAAUGUGACAGAUUCAUAGGAUGCGUAAAUAGUACAGGUACCUUAUUUAGCUCCCAGAAAAAAUACAACAAUGUCCAUUACGUAAAAGGACAGGCUAGCAAGAGAAACCAAACUGGCAGAAUCAUACCGGUCAUACUUGGAGUCAUUUUCAGCGUGGGGUCUAUUCUAGUGGUGGCACAUUUUGCACUGAAACAAAAGCAAUACCUUCUGAGAAAGCAAAUCUCAGGGUUAAGUUCAAACAUUCAAAACGUGAUUGACGAUGGUUCUGAAGAGUCUGGUGAGGAUUAUUCUCAGAUGACGAGAGCAUCAAACAAUUACAACGUCCUGAGCUUCAACAGAAAAUUUAAUGCCAUUUCCACAGUCAACGCCACUGACGAAGAAGAUUUCUACGAUGAUACAAGCACUGGUGUUACAUGUUCAUCAAAUAACGGUACAAAUAAUGGCCAAGAUAACUACGUGACACUGGCCCUGACAAAUAAUCACGUGUUACCCAUCAUAAGAGAUAAUAUCAAGGAAGUUCAGAACAAAUGUCAAACUGUUGGCAAUACAGAAACGUGUGAAUCCGGGGAUACCUAUGUCACUCUUAUCCCUAAUCAUAUGUCCAAUGCGACAAGGAAGCUAUAGUACAUUCUGACACCCUAAACAAUUCAAGAUCACAAGAGUCAGUAUUGUCAUAGUAAACAACUGUUGGUGUUAAAAAUAAAAGUUCACUACUAUUAUUUCAAAAGUAUCUUAGUAUCGAGUAAUGCAAAACAUAUAAAUGGUGUAAUUUGUACAGUGUAAGUAUACGUUUUAAUUGAAAUUCCUGUAAUACAAUUAAAAA